AUGGCAAUCACUCUUGUUCUUAGCGGUAUUUUCGUUUCGCUCUCUUGCUUCCUUAAAGUGACGCUUGGAGAAGAGAUAGCAGGAGGCAAGACUGCAAUUGUGACAGGUGCAAACACUGGAAUAGGCAAGGAGACAGCAUUAGAUUUUGCACAGAGAGGUGCCAGGGUCAUUUUGGCUUGCCGCAAUGAGGAGAAGGCCAAAGAUGCUGCAAGGGACAUUAUUGCUGAGACUGGAAGUGAUAAAGUUGUUGUCAGGAUUCUUGACUUGGCUUCUUUUGAUUCCGUCAGAGCUUUUGCUAAGCUCAUCAAUGAAACAGAAGAGAGGCUAGACAUUCUUGUAAACAAUGCUGGGCUUGCUGGAUCUUACAGGGUGACAAAGGAUGGUUAUGAAAGUAUUUUUCAAGUGAACUACAUCAGCCAUUUUCUGCUCACUUUACUAGUGAUGGAGAAACUGAAGAAAUCAGCACCAAGUCGUAUUGUAAAUGUAUCAUCUCUAGCACACACCACAAAAGGUGCAGCCUUCCAACUUGAUGACUUUAAACUUUCCAAAGACAAGUUUGACGCAUUUGUUCGCUAUGCUCAGUCAAAGUUAGCACAGGUUGUGUUUACCAAGGAGUUAAGCAAAAGAUUACAAGGCACUGGAGUAACAGUAUAUGCCCUUCAUCCUGGUGCUGUGAAGUCUGACAUCUGGCGAUACUGGAAGCUUUUGCACAAACCCUAUAUGAAACCAUUAGUACAGCUCUUGAUGUUCCUGCUUUUCAAAGAUUGCAAGCAGGGAGCACAGACAACAAUCUACUGUUCAGUUGUAGAAGAGCUGGAAGGUAUUACAGGGCUUUACUACAGUGAUUGCCAAGUCAAGGAGUGCAAUCCACUUGCCAAAGAUCCUGGUUUGGCAAAGAAGUUGUGGGAUGUUAGUGAAAGGUUGACUGGAGAAAGCUGGAACAAUUAAAACUGAUAAUAAUACAGUUAUAACUUAGUUAACUCGCCACCUUUAUCUUCUUGGCACAUUUUUUAUACUACUUAUUUUAGAAAUUGAGAAAGUUCUUACUCAUUAUGUGGUCAGAAUGUAGCUUUGAUCCUGAGGUGUAGAUUAAUGAGAGACUCAUUAGCCUUUCCUGGUCAGCCCUCUGGAAUUUAGUUAAUUGUACGAUGUAUUGAUAAAAUAGAUAGAUUAAAUUUUAAGGAAAUCAAAAGACUACUCGAUCAUUACCAAGGAGUAUUACUUUUUUAAAGACUUUCUUUUCAACAGUGCAACUGCCUCCACGUCCCGAUAUAAAGAUAGUGAUUACAUGUAGUUUUAGAAAAUUAAAUUAAUAUUUUAAGCCUAGAUUGACUUAGCUUCAUAUUUAGUAUUUUACAUGUAUAUGUUUCAUGUACUGUAGGUCAACCUUAGCAAGUGUUGCACUUGUUAGUAUUGUAAGUAACGUGUAUUGUAUGUGAGUAGUAAGUAGUCUUUUUAAUUAAUUAAUUAAUUAAUUGAUUAAUACAAUGUAACUUAUUGUAGUGUAAGUAAUGUAAGUAAUUGUAUUGUUAGUAAUUAUCCAGUAAGUGAUGUAGGUAAUUGUCCCAUAAGUAAUGUAAGUAGUUGAACUGUAAGUUGUUUUUUUCCCUGUGUUUUGCAAUAAAAA